CAUCAGCCUCAUCCCAAUUUGGGGUGAGGUGUGUGGGAUGCCGACUGCAGCACUCUAGGUGUUGUUUGGCUAGAGUUUUUGGUCAAGGAGAACACUGGAGGUUCAAGUUGCGUCGGGAUGCCUCUAUGGCUACGAACAAGGCUUCUGAGCCACCGACUGAUGCUUCUGAAACUCCCUCAACUUCGGAGGCAGAUGUGUAUUCGGUUUUCAGUGUACCGGUUCGCCGCAUCAUCACCUUGCUGCUCGGCACAGCAACCCUUGCAUCUCCUUUGACCGCGACCAUCUAUCUGCCUCUGCUCCCGCUCCUUUCCACAAAUUUCCAUGUCUCGACUCAAAAGAUCAACCUCACGAUUACUGUCUAUAUCAUCUUCCAGGCCCUGGCUCCCUUGCUCUUGUCGACGUUCUCGGACACACUAGGGCGACGGCCUCUAUUUUUGGCGACUCUCACACUCUACACGCUCGCCUCAUUGGGCCUGGCACUCAACCGGUCCAGCUAUGCUGGCUUGCUCGUACUUCGCGCCAUACAGAGCCUCGGAUCUAGUGCUGUACUCAGCAUUUGCUAUGGCACUGUGUCGGAUAUAUGCGUGCCCAGUGAGAGGGGAAAGAUGCUCGGCCCGGUGAUGGCGGCGGGGAAUCUAGGCACUGCGAGUGGUCCUGUCGUGGGUGGCUGGAUCGCCCUGGGCUCAGGCAGUGCAUGGUGGGCGUUCUGGGCGCUGGUGAUUUUCGGUGCUGUGAUGGUGACGGCCCUCGGCGUGCUUCUCCCGGAGACGGCAAGAAAUGUGGUUGGGAACGGACAGAUCAAGGACAAGGUUUGGAAUGGACCCCUGGUUGACCUGAGCGAGCGAGGGAAUCCAUCAAUUGGCCCCGGUGACGGCCAUCCAAGUCCACCGAGGAGAAACUUAAGAUUUCGCAGCCCGCUUAUGUCGAUUAGGAUCAUGGCCUAUCCCGACGCAUUACUCAUUCUCUGGAUCGUCGGGUCCUUCUACGCCUUGUGGUACACCGUACAGGCAUCUAUACCAUCCACAUACAGUGGGCACCCUUACAAUUUCAACGAGCUGCAAAUCGGCCUGGCAUACCUCCCUGGAUCAGCCGGGGUAAUCAUCUGCAUGUAUCUUACCGGUAAGGCCAUGGACUACAACUACCGGUUCGUCGCGAAGCAGGUUGGACUAGAGGUGGACAGCGUCAGGGGAAACGACCUUGCAUAUUUCCCGAUCGAAAGGGCAAGAGGCAGAGGUUGUAUUUGGCUCCUGCUGGCGAGUCUUGCCAUUGCGGUCGCGUAUGGUUGGGCGAUCGAAGAGCAAGUCCACAUGGCUGUGCCAUUGACCUUUCAGUUCUUCAUGGGAUUUCUGGGCACUUGCAUACUGAACUGCUUCAAUGCGCUUCUCGUUGACGGCUUCCCCAAGAUGCCGAGUACUGCUGCUACGGCAGGCAACAUGAUCAGAUGUGCAAUGAGCGCUGGUGCUGUAGCUGCCAUGCAGCCGCUAUUUGGAGCUAUAGGUAGAGGUUGGUUCUUCACUCUGGCCGGCAUCUUGAGCGGUGUCGGUGGGAUAGCGGCAGUCUGGACAUUGAACAGAAAGGGCAUGACAUGGCGAACCAAGAGGCACCAAACACGAGAAGCCACGACGGUAGACAAGAAUGAAGCGCCGGAUGCAGACAAUGGGGCAUCAGUAAAGGCUUAGACUUCAAGAUCAUUGGACAGCUUGAGGAAGGGAUGGAAUUAAUUUCGGUGGUGAGUCCCAGAGGUCCCC